CUAAUUGCACGAUGGCGGUAACGAGGUAGAGGCCUUCGGAUACAUUCCACGCCCUCCCCGGCCCCGCGGGCUGGGGCUGCCGGUUGCCUCGGUGGCCGGAGUCCGGCCUGCCCGGGGUCACCGGGCCUGCGGAUUUGUGGGAGGGGAGAAGCAGCGGUUCUGGGGACACGGGGCCGCUUCCCUCGCCCGGCGGGGUAAAAAAAUGGACAGGACCAGACACCCCACCUGCCCCGCCCCGCCUCAGGCCUCGGUCUUCCUCCCCUUCAUUCACACAACAUCUGUUUUGGCCAAUCUGGGCUGCUCCUGCAGGGCCCGAGCCCGAAGCCCAUUUGCAGAAAGGAGUGGCAGGCGGGCCAUGCUCCUCUCCUCCCCUGAGCUACUUCUGCUCCUUCUGUCCGUCCACGAGACGUGGGCAACCGGGCGCUGGGCCUUCGGGCCGGGGCCUCGAGCGGAGUGGGCAGCGGGGGAGGCCGAGAGGGGAGGGGAAAGGCCCGCUUGUACCAGCCGGGCGGUUCGAGCCAGGAGGGAGCGUCCGAGGGGUGGGGGCCGGCUGCCGACCGGCAGCUGCGGGGAGGUCUCCCCUCCCCACAUCUCCAUGUGGGACUCGGGAAAAAUGUGGCCGCCCCUCCCUGCGUUCGUGCAGGGCGAGGGCCGGAGGCCAGUCCUGGGUCUCCUACUGAUUUGGCAGCUGCGCCGGGCGGCCCUUCAUCAGCCGACCGGCCGCAAGUCGGAGCGGGAACGACCUCCCGGCCCCGGAGAGAGCCGAGCACCCACUUCCCGGAUUUCACUCCCCGCCCAGGCCGUCCCGCCGGCCCCUUCCUCCAACCGUCCUGCCCCAUACGGGCCUCGGUAGCACCCCGCUUGGACCCACGGUGGCCAAGGCGUGGACGGGCUGGCCCGGCCCCGUUCUGAAUCCCACGGGGCGCCUCCGCGUCGGGAUUGAAGGCCCACGACACCUGCCCUGGGGGCAAACCCCUCCCUCCCCCGUCCCCCCUACCACGGCCUCAUCCCACUUAGGAGCCAGGCUAGGCCGGGACUGGCAGAUGGGCCAAGGAUUCUCCACCCUAAACCCUUUUGGCUGGAAUUCCCGGGUCCUUGCGUUUUCAGGGGAAAGGCCGGGCUACUUGCUGCGAGCCGUUCCAGGAAGGGACGAGGAGGCCGGAGGGGCCGCCGAGGCCCGGGAGGCCUGCUGCCCACCCCCAGCCCAGGUGACUCACGUUUCUCCUGCGAGGGACCGUGCCCCAAAAUGGAUGUGUUUCUGCUCUGUUUUCAUUUUCUCACGUGGGGAGGAAAAAAAACAAACAAAGAACCAAACGUUUUGUGCCUUUCUAAGGGAAGCCUGCAUCCCUGGCUGCAUUUCAGUACCUUAAUGUGGAGUCCCAAGGGCCUCGCCCUCCCUGGCAGCCUCGGCAUCCGUCCCGGGCCCCGGCUGGGUCCCGCGGCCUAACCGGGGAUGGGGGGCGGUUGUCCGGGCCUCUCCCACCCCCGAAACUGGGGUGGCUUCUGGGGUCUUGGACCCCAGCCCCUCCCUGCCUCUCAGCAUUAAACAGUUCGUGCCUCUGGGGGCUCCUCCACUCUCCGGGGAGGGGGCCGCGGAGGGGAAUCCGCCCCCCCUUCAUCCCAAGCCCGGCAUCCCGUCCGGAAGCGGCUCCGUCCGACCGAGGAAGGGCAACGGUCCUUUUCUCCGUGGCGUUUUGCCCCCGUCGCGUCUCCCCCUCGUUUCACUCGUUCCCCACCCGAAACCAAUGAUGGGGGCAGGAGAGAAAAGCAGAUUCUAUUUUUUAAUUCACACUCUUCAUCCUUUGGCGAUCCUUGGGGUGGGCCGGGGCCAGGGGAGGAGCCAGUAGCUUUUACCUCCCUGGGACGAGGAAGAUCAAUUUGUAGGAUAUCAGUGUUAAACACACAAGACAAGAUUUUCAUGGACUAUUUUAAAAAGUAUAAGUGUCAUUAAUAUAAGAAAAUUUAUAUUAGCAGUAUUUAAUCACUCUCACCUGUAAAGAAUAAGAGAAACAGAAGGUAAAUAUUCUUACAGAGACUAGCGGAGCUUUAAGAUUCAUUUUGGGUUUUUUCGAGUCCUCGUUUUUUGCCAGUCCGUCGUCGACGCGUAGAGGUCGGUUAUACUAAUGUUAUUUAUUAAUUUUCUUUUUCAUUCCCAUCCGCAGCCCACUAAAGAGCUUUUUUUUCACGCACCCGUGUCCGUCCCCAAAAUUUAUUUUUAAAUAAAGUUCCUUUUGUUGUAGCAGA